GUUAUUGCUGCCCUCUUUCGACAAAAAGGUGCGUCGUUUCCAAUGAAGCCAAACAUACUUUCCAGUUGGUGGAAUGGAUUAUACCCGGCCUGACGAUGACUUUGUUUUACACGGGAGACGAACACCUAUGCAAGAGAGACAAAGAUAUCUGACUAACUCGCAACUUACCACAACCACUAGACGGCUAAGUCAAAAUUCCUUAUACCGAAGUGACAACUACAGAGACAAGGACAGCUGGGAAGACAGUGACGAUCUUGAUCUCGACAUGAGCAGGCUCAGUGGCAGCGGUAGAGGCAGUAGCCUCAGGAAGAGUGUUAGUUUCAGUGACCUCAAAAAGGUGAGGCAUUUCAGUGAAGGAGAGGAAAGUGAUGACAGCGUGGAUGAGGAGUUGCAGAGACUCAUUGAAAAGGAUGAUGCAGAAAUUAAAAGAUCGCAAAAGAAUGGGUAUCAUGACGAAUCUCUGGCGGGGAGACCAAAGUCAAGGGAAGAAGCAGAGUGGUUCACACAGCCUUUACAUCUGACAAAAGAUGAGCAUGAUUACCCAACCUUGAAAAGGGCAGGUUUAAAUACCAGGUCAAUUUCUCCUGUCCACAGACCUACAGGUUCCAUGGGAGCCUUGCUUGCAGCCAAAAAACUUAAUGCUGAACAGAUAGCAACUGCAAGAAUCAAAGAAGAAAAUGAUCGGUGGGCCUCCCCAAGAGCAAGAUCAACAAACAGCUUUACAAGAUCAAGCCCACGAAGUCCAAGAUACAGUUCAAGUUCCCCUAUUCCGACCAGGCCAAGAGACAUUAUCACAGAUCAUUUUCCAGUAACAUUUGGGGCUGCUGCAAGUCUGUACAAAUCACUUCAGUCAUCAGACCCUCUUGAUCCUGUGGUAGGUAUGGCUGAUGUACCUAUUGGCAGGACCCUGUCACCUCCACCAAAGGGACUACCCAGACCCAGCACACCCACAGAUGGUCUGUAUAAAAAGAAGAAAAAAUCAAAAAGCCCAGCUAAAUGGAGACCUCCUACUGCAACUAGAUCAAGCAUUGAUAACAUGUACACUAGGACAGCUGAGGCUCCAACAAUAGGUUCUUCUAGUGUACUUCUAGCCUCUCCAUACCAACAAGAGAUGGCCAGACUGAGAAUGGAACGUUUGAGACUGGAGGAGGAACACUUGUUGGAGUUGAAAAGAGAAGAAGAACUGGAAAGGAUUCGUGGGCCAAAGCCAAAGUGGUAUGAACUGAAGACCCCUCAAUUUCACUAUGAAGCACAUAAAAACAAUGAGCUAAUCAAAACUAAAAAUGACUGGCAGGAUUUAUUGGACUACAGAAAUGAACUUCUCUCUGCUUCGAAAGAUUUUCAAAGGAGCUAUUCUCAUACUGAUUAUAGCUAACUGUGCUUUAUCAAGAGGACAUUAUAUAUUGUACCCAUGCAUCGCUUUGCAUCACAACCAGUAGUGAUCUUGAUUUCUCUUCACCUCUAGACAUUCCACACAAGCUACUCGCUCGGGGUAUAUACUUGACAGUAUAAAUGACCUGGGGAUCUUUUACUAAACAUGGCACAAGUAAGAGGUCUACUGGUAGUUGUUCAUGAUGUCAAUGCUUUUUAUGAAGAAACGGCAUAUAUUUAAAAAAAACAAUAAACAAAAAAAUUAUAGAUUCAUAUUCAAUAGAGUCUACAUUGCAGGUAAGAUAAGUUGUUAUACAUAAGAAAAUCAGACAUAACCAAAGAUAUUCAGGGUCUUAUUGAUUAGAGGCCUAUGUUUUUACCAACAGUAAGUAAUUGGGAAUAUAGGUAAAAUUAAAAGGUGUACAAUGUAGCUGAAUAUACAAAGUAUAUAAAUUGUGGAGACUCCUAACUAAGCAUACUUAACUUGAUAUUUGGUGCCUCCACAUGAAGAUAAUGCUGAGGAGGAGAGGAGAAAGAGAAAAUUGUGAAGGAUUACUUUUUCACUUGAUAAAGCUGAUAUAAUGAAUUUUACAAUGGAAUUUGUAUUUGUUUAUACUGAGAAUCUGGAAAUGAUUAAAAUGUACAAACUGUAGGUACUGUUUGAUUAGUAGUAGUGCCUGAAAGGAUUAGGGAAAUCAUUUUAAUUGCCAAUAAAAUGUAGAAAUGUUACCUAAAGUGAAUGCUUCCUACAGAAAUUAAUAGCCCGUAAUGACUUGUUAGGCAAAUAUAAGUGUGCAAUUUUGGUAAUUGACAUAAAACUUUUCUAUAUAAUUAGGUGUUUUGAUAAGAGACUCAAACUUUAAGUGAGACAAAUUGCACAAUUGUCCUUAUGCUUCAAAACCAAUUGAACAGAAUAUUUUUGACAAUUCUACAAUACAAAAAUAGAAUUUGAUAGCAACUCACAUUACUUUUCACAAACUUGAUGCCAAAGAUCUAUUGAUUUAACUUUGUUGUAAUUUAUAAAUUUAAUUUAAAUAUUUUUUAUUUACAUUUUUGUAUUAGAUCUCAGAUUCACAAUGUGUUCAAUUUUGUAAUAAAAGGGAAAACUUGCAUGGAUAUUUUCAUUUUCAGUGAAAAGUAUCAAGAAAUCUA